UCGGGCUUUACGUGUAAAAGCGGGGAGUGUGUGGAGAGUCACAAGCGAUGCAAUCAUAGGCCCGACUGUUUCGAUGGGUCCGAUGAGGACAACUGCUCGCACACCAUAUACGCGGUCAACGACUUGAGGGUAGACUUCGAGACGAUCACCGCCACAGAGUUCACCAUCAGAUGGGGAACGCCGUCGAGUCAGCGGGUCUUCAAUUUCAUGCCGACGUAUUCGAGGCUCAACUCCAGUGAAUGGCUGAACACGAGUUGGAUUCAGUCGGAGAGCUAUAAGUUUGUUGGACUCAAACCAGGCACUACUUAUAACGUGACCGUCUAUUGUCAAUUGGCUACACAGGCCUCCCAGGCCUACCCUCCCCUUCAGUACAUUACGAUUACUACAGAAUUUAUUGCUCCUAGUCCUCCAUCGGAUCUAAAGGCCAAAGAGAUGCCCGGAAACCGAGUGCUACUGACGUGGACAGCGCCCAAGACCUCACACGACAUCGUCAAGGGG